CAAACACAAACCCUGGAUUGAGACAUCUUACCACGGAAUCAUAACUGAGAACAAUGACACUGUAAUUUUGGAUCCUCCCCUUGUUGCUUUGGACAAAGAUGCACCUGUUCCCUUUGCAGGUGAAAUAUGUGCUUUUAAAAUCCAUGGACAAGAAAUGCCCUUUGAAGCUGUUGUGCUGAACAAGACAUCUGGAGAAGGUCGUCUUCGAGCAAAGAGUCCUAUUGACUGUGAGCUGCAGAAGGAAUACACAUUCAUCAUCCAGGCCUAUGACUGUGGAUCAGGACCAAGUGGAACCAACUGGAAGAAAUCUCACAAGGCAGUAGUCCACAUCCAGGUAAAGGAUGUCAAUGAGUUUUCACCAGCAUUCAAGGAGAGCGUGUACAAAGCCACUGUGACAGAGGGGAAGAUCUAUGACAGCAUCCUGCAGGUGGAGGCCAUAGAUGAGGACUGUUCCCCCCAGUACAGCCAGAUCUGCAACUAUGAGAUUGUCACAACAGAUGUUCCCUUUGCCAUCGACAGGAAUGGUAACAUCAGGAACACUGAGAAACUCAGCUAUGAUAAACAGCACCAGUAUGAGAUAAUGGUAACAGCUUUUGACUGUGGGCAAAAACAUGCAACAGAAGAUGUCUUAGUACGAGUUAAUGUCAAACCAGUGUGCAAGCCAGGCUGGCAAGACUGGGACAAACGGAUUGAAUACAAACCUGGCUCUGGAAGCAUCCCCUUGUUUCCCAGCAUUCAUCUAGAAACAUGUGAUGGACCAGUUUCCUCAAUACACACCACCAUUGAAUUGCAGACCAACUACAUUGGAAAGGGCUGUGAUCGUGAAACGUACUCAGAAAAGUCUCUGCAGAAAUUAUGUGGAGCUUCCUCAGGUGCCAUUGACCUGUUACCAUCUCCCAGUACAACAACUAACUGGACAGCUGGGCUUGUCAUGGAUAGCAAUGACAUAAUUUUUAAAUUUGAUGGAAAGCAAGGAGCCAAAAUCCCAGAUGGAAUAGUCCCGAAAAAUUUAACUGAUCAAUUCACCAUCACUUUGUGGAUGAAACAUGGACCUAGUCCUGGAUUAAGAGCUGAGAAAGAGACUAUUCUCUGCAACUCUGACAAGACAGAGAUGAACAGGCACCACUACGCCCUGUACGUGCACAACUGCAGACUCGUGUUCCUGCUGCGCAAGGACUUCGACCAGGCCGACACCUUCCGGCCUGCCGAAUUCCACUGGAAACUGGAUCAGAUAUGUGAUAAAGAGUGGCAUUACUACAUUGUCAAUGUGGAGUUUCCCGUUGUUACAUUGUACAUGGAUGGAACCACAUAUGAACCUUACCUGGUGACCAAUGACUGGCCCAUCCACCCCUCCCACAUUGCCAUGCAGCUCACGGUCGGGGCUUGUUGGCAAGGAGGUGAAGUCACCAAGCCCAGAUUUGCUCAGUAUUUCCAUGGCAGCCUGGCCAGUCUUACUAUCAGGCCAGGGAAAAUUGAGAGUCAGAAAGUGAUUUCCUGUUUGCAGGCCUGCAAGGAAGGUCUGGAUAUUAAUUCUCUUGAGAGUCUUGGCCAAGGAAUAAAGUAUCACUUCAACCCUUCCCAGUCAGUCCUUGUCAUGGAAGGAGAUGACAUUGAGAAUAUAAAUCAAGCUCUCCGAAAGGUCUCAUACAUCAACUCCAGACAGUUCCCUACUGCAGGCGUACGGCGUCUCAAAGUCUCAUCUAAAGUCCAAUGUUUUGGUGAAGAUGUCUGCAUUAAUAUCCCAGAUAUAGAUGCCUAUGUAAUGGUGUUUCAGGCCAAUGAGCCCAAGAUUACAAUAACUGGGAUGGAUCACUUUGCUAGACCAGCUGCACAGUUUGAAAGCGAAAGAGGUGUUAUUUUGUUACCUGACAUCAGGAUUGUCAGCACAGUCACUAAAAUGGAGCAUCAAGUGGACUUAAAAGAACAUGACAGAGCUGAUAAGCCAGUGAUAGUAGAGGAAAUGCUCCACAACUUGGAUUUCUGUGAUGUUUUGGUCAUGGGCGCAGAACUAGAUCCUGAACAAGAGUGUUUAGAACUAGAUCAUGUGGAUCUCCAAGGAAAACAUCUAGAUGCCACAAAUUCCACAGCAGGAUAUUCAAUCUACGGUGUGGACAGCAUGUUCAACUACGAGCAGGUUCUGCGGCAGAUCCGGUACCGGAACUGGGACACCGCUGCCACCUUCGACAGGAAAUUCAGGGUCAAGUGCUCCGAGCUAAACGGGCGUUACACGAGCAACGAAUUCAACUUGGAGGUUAAUAUUCUACACAGCUCCAACUCCAACUUCAUGGACCAUGUAAAUCAUAUGAUAGUACAACCACAAUUUCUCCAAUCUGUUCAGCACCCUGAGGGGAGUGUAAGUGCUGUUCACAACUCAGUUGUUCCAAGUGUGGCCACCAUUGUGAUCAUAAUCUGUGUGAGCAUCCUCGUUUUUGUCAUAACCUUGGGCGUGUAUCGGAUCCGCACAGCUCACCAGCACGGCUCUGCAGACCACGAGGGAAGCAAAGACAAUGAGAUGGAUUGGGAUGAUUCUGCCCUGACCAUCACCGUCAACCCCAUGGAGAAAUAUGAAAAGCCUCACCAGACAGAAGAGGAGAGUGAGGAAGAAGACAUAGAAGAUGAAGAGGAAGACACAACCAGUGCUGAAUCAGAUGAAAGUGAAGAGGAGGAGGAAGAAGAGGAGGAAGAGGAAGUGAUUGUCCAAAAGGGAGACAAACAGAAUGCCACCAGGCAAGCGCAGCUGGAGUGGGAUGAUUCAACACUCCCAUACUAACAGCCCUGCAGCCAUAUCACACUUUUGUAACAACCAAUACAAUGGUUUUUCAGAGUCUAUGAAUUCAUUGACAGGAUCUGAACUUCUGCUUGCCUGUUUUGCCUAAAGUGUUGUAGUAAUUGGUAAUGAUAGAACAGACCCUUUUCUUACAAAGCCUGGAGAAAACAUGGUACAAACCUACUGGCCUACCCAGUAAUAAUAAAGUAAGUAGGACCUGAUCUGUUAGCAAGCAUAGUUCUCAUUUCCUAUUUCUAUACUACAGAUAUGUGACAAAAGUCCUCUCACUCGACCCAUACAGUUUUUACCUUUGGUUGUUGUUUUUUUUUUUCCACACAAGAGAGAUUUCAGCUUAUUACGAAGAAUUACUUGUAUGGGUCUAAAUAACAGUUUCCAGUUGACUUCACACUCCUACAGGUGUAAAAAAUAAUCCACCUCCAAAUUGGGGCAGGGUUUUAGUGCUACAGGGGACAGAGACUGAAUUCCAUUUGUCGUCUCGUCCUGCCUUCUUGGAUUUAACUGUCCCUUACAAGGGAAUAUCUAGGACCUCACAUGGAAUGUGUGUGUGCCUAUGUAGAAGUGGACAGUGUAUUUUUUCAGGCAUGCUGUCAGACCCUCAAGAGAGGGAUUUUUGUCCAACCUACCGACAGAAAUUUAAGAGAGUUCAAUAAAAACCAGCAACAAGGGGCUGCUGAAGGUUACAAAAAAAACCCCACAAAAAACCACCCAACUUGUUCUGCGUCCACAGAUUGAGUAAUAUGAUCGUAUGCAAACUGUAAAUUCUAAUGGGAUUGAUUCACUGAAAAUCCGUAGAGCUGCUCAUUAGUUAUGGAUUGAGCAAUUUGCAGCAAAUCGAUGCUUUAAACUGUCUGUCCCGUGAAAUCAUUAGCUUGCUGCAGCAUCACACUGAAGCAGUGGAAAAUAAGUGACCCCAUUAUUCCAUAGCUAUGUAUGGCUGGGAUUUAAACAAUUAUUUUAGACGAGGAAAAUGUUCCCUUUUGUUUAGUGAAUGCCAGCUGGAAUUCCUGUCUGACUACAAAACAUUAUGCCCUAUUUCUUCUGUACCCCUGCCCACCUAUAGUGGCACAAAAGAAAGGAACAACAUACACAACUGUCAGCUCUCUUUUGUGCUCAUAAUUCUCCCUUAUUUCUUCUUCCUGAAGCCAUUUAUGUUGAGAAAAGGUUUUAUAAAGUAGAACAAGGAGAAGUAAAACCUACCUGGAACCAAAAUAAUUGAAAACAAAAACUAAACUCUUAAGAGGUUGAGAGAGUAUUUUAGUUUGUUAUGGUAACACAGCAUAUUUUUCUUAAACACUGUUUUAAAAAAAAAAAAAAAAGGCAAAGCUACGUACAAUGUGUUGAUAAGUCUGUGUGGU